AUGAAUGCUUCCGUCACCACUGUUCCUUCCAAUACUAAUAUCAACAACACCACAAAUGAUAAUGAUAAAGAAGAAGAAAUAAACGAUAUUGGUGGAUGGAACGUUGUAACCUUUUGGAAAAAAGAAAAUUUUAAAAUGAAUGAACAUCAAACUACCUAUUUAACCAACAUGUUUGCCUCUGAAAUAUUACCUGGAGUCUAUGUUGGAAGCAAAAUGGCUGCAAACGAUAAAGCAUGGCUUUCCGAUCAUAAAAUUACUCAUAUUCUUACUGUAGCCGAAAAUAUUCAACCAACUUAUCCCGAGUCGUAUCACUACAAAUUAAUUUCAAUUCGUGAUUUUGCCACCGAAAAUAUCUUGAUACAUUUUGAAAAGGCUUUUAAAUUCAUCAAUCAAGCUUUGGCACAUCCGAAAGGUGCAAUCCUUAUUCAUUGGUAA